CCUGUCCUGCGCGUUGACAUACCGUUGAGAGAAAAGACAAGCUAGGCAAAAAAGUAAAAGUGAAAAUCUGGCCCUUGAAAUUUGUUCAUUAAUUAUGCAGUAAGAAAAUGCAAAUAAAGCGAUAAUUUUGUGCGCGCCCCCAAAGGACAGGCUGUGUGUGUGUGAAGAGAUUUACAAAAAAGAAAAGAGUGUGCGUGGGAAGGCAAAGGACAUUUUUCAAGUAUCUCUCAAUCUUUAUGUGGUCCGCAUCGGAUGUGUUGUAAUCCAUUAUAGCGAGAGAUAUACGACACACACAGACAUCUCCGCGUUCCGUGUAUACAUACAAACGGCUGAGACGCCCGCGCUUUGCCCUUGGCUGCAUUCGAUUUUUCACAACAGGCCGUGAAAAGCCAACCAGAGAGCCACUGAAGAGCCGUCACCAACAUCAUCAUAAUCAUCAUCAUCAGUGGGAAAUAGGGAAUACCAAAGGCCGCAAGCAUGGACAUGCUCAACCAGAUACUCAGCAUUAAUAAUGGCGGCGCCUAUGGGGGCGGCAAGGCGGGCGGAGCCUUCGAUCCACUCACGUUCGCCAUGAAGCCCCAAGUUGUCAUCAGGGCGCUCUGCUGGCUCUUUUCAGUGGUGGUCUUUGGCUGCAUUUCCUCCGAGGGCUGGGCGGAGAAGGAGGGCAAGGAGUACUGCCUCUACAAUGGCGAUGGCCUGGCCUGCAAGUAUGGCAACAUGGUGGGCGUAUUCGGUUUUUUGGCCUCCAUGGGCUUCAUGGGCGGCGAGUUCCUGUUCGAGCGGAUGUCGUCGGUGAAGAGCAGAAAGCGCUAUGUCAUGGCCGACUUGGGCUUCUCCGCUUUGUGGACCUUCAUGUACUUUGUGGCGUUCUUGUAUUUGUGGUCCCAGUGGAGCUCGUCGCCGCCACCACCGCUCGGCAUUGGAGAAGGCAGCAUGAAGACGGCCAUUUGGUUCUGCCUCUUCUCGAUUGCCACUUGGGCUCUGUGCGCCCUGAUGGCCUACAAACGAUUCCUGAUUGGAGCCGGCGAUGAGUUCACCUCCGCCUUCGAGACAGACCCCGCUAAUGUGGUGCACCAGCAGGCAUACGGCUAUGCCAUGGACAAUGACAACGAUCAAUACAGCGCCUCGCCCUUCGGCCAGGGACAGCAGGGCGGCGUGGAGCCACAGCAACAGGCUGGCAUGGAGUACCAGCAGCCCACCUAUUAAGGAAUUUCCACAACUGCUCCUUCUCCUGCCUCCUGCCUCCUCCUCCUCCGUUGUGCACACAAUUUCUAUGUAUGUACUUCGGUUUUUGGUUUGUAGUGCGAGAUGGCAAAUGUUUUACACGACUACUAGCAAACACACAAAGCGUUUGGCUUUUACCAAAUACACCGAUGACGAACAUAUAAAAUCAGUAACAGAAACAAUAACGAUACAAAGUAAAUACUACAAAUUACAGCAGCAACAGAAGCAGCAGCAACAGCAACAGCAGCAGCAUCAACAGCAACAUUUGCUUUGGCCACAAGAAAGAGGAGAAUAUAUGAAAGCAUAUUUAUACAUUUAUACAUUUAUGUAUAUCUGAAUAAUAAGAGAUAACUUGAAAUGAUGAUAACUUAUAAGCUAGCCCCCUAAGUUGAGUGUGCAGUUUUUUGUAGUGCGAAUUUGUUGCUAUAUACAGUUAUUGUCGUAUAUAUCCCUUUAGGAACACUCGGAUAUGCUUUCAACGUUGUUCGUUAUUUAGUAUUUACAUGUACUCGAAACGUACAUAUGUAUUACGAUUAUUUAGUUGUGCCCAGGUCCUGGUCCCUUUCCCACAGCCGCAGCCACAACAGCCACAGCAGCUCGUAUAUCCUCAGCUAAAUGGAUGGCUUGGGGUUUUUUUUAGAUAAAUUUACACACACACAUACACAGACACACAACGCGCAUCCACAUCAAAGAGAGACAGCAAUAAACGUGAAGAAGAGGUGGAAGAGAAGAGAAGAACUGCUCAAAUCACAUAUCCAAUAGCCAUCUGAGAAGUACUUAUGGUACAUACUCGUAUUGUAGUAGUCAGUCUUAGGGCCAGGGCCAGGGCCAGGGGCAGGGGGCCGAGAUGUCACGUCGCGUCGCGUCGCUUGGUUAGAAAUGCAAAAUACCUAUUAAAUUAGCGCCAAACACAAAUGUAAAUUCUAAACUAAAAAAAAAAACAAUGUAGAAUUGUUACUAGAAAAGCAUCAUAACGGGAGGAAUAAAGCAAAAAAUGUUAGAGUCGCGAGUCGCUUUAAUGCAGAGCUUGUGCCCUAACCAACGAUUUGUAUAGUAACUAAACCUUAAUGCAUGCCACAUAUACAUAAAUAAUGUAACUUGUCUAUAUUAUAUAUCGACGCAUACAUACAUAUGUGAUGUGUCGGAGAACGUAAGCAUAUUGAUUACAUUACAUAGCUGUUCAGUUAAUGCAACUUGCAAUAAACUACAACUACAAGUAUUUGUUAAACUAAAACCACAUACAUACUUACUAUAUCUACAUACAUAUGUAUAUGUAUUAUAUUAUAUAUAUUUAUGUAUUGUAUUUGUAAGGCGAAAGUUAAUGCAACACAAGCAAAAGGAAAUCUCAGUAAAUAUGUAUACAUACAUAUACUAUACUAUACAUAUAUAAUUAUACACACAUAUAUACAUACAGACAUAUAUACUCGUAUAUAUAUAUAAAUUAUUCAUGUAGAAUUUGUGUGCGUUCAAAUGAUAGAAAUAAACAAAACAAAAAUUAUCGUAUGUAUUACUCAUAUUCGUAUUUAACAAAACAAAACAAAAAAUACAAAAACCAAAAAUAUAUAAAGAGAAACACACAAACAAACCGCCAGAGGAACUAAAAACCCCCUCUCUCUCCCCCCCUCCCAUCCAACACUUGUGAACAAUAUUGUAUCAGAGUUAAUCCUCCAACAAAAAACCUAUCCUCUUAACUAGGAUCCCCCUCCCCCCAAAUAAAUAUAAAUAUUUUUAAAAACUAUACGCAAAUCAUUU